CACAGCAAUUCCGAUUACGUCACUUCUUUUUCUCGCCUCCUUUUCAUGGUUAGCUCCUCCUCCUCUGUAUUUACUCAACGCCUAAUUUUGGCCUUUUUUUCUUCAUUCACUGAUUUGUUCUAGAGAUCUCAGAUUGUUGAGUCAGAGAAGAGAAACAUAGAAACUUACCUAUUAGGCAAAGUAAUCCUAAAAUGUCGGACAACAAUGUUGCUGAGUAUGUUGGUUUGGGGGAAGGAUCCUCGCACGACUUAAAUAAGUAUCAAAAGGUUUCAAUUAUACCUCUUGUCUUCUUGAUCUUCUACGAGGUUUCGGGAGGUCCAUUUGGUGUCGAAGAUAGUGUCCAGGCAGCUGGUCCCCUUUUAGCCCUCCUUGGUUUUCUGGUUUUUGCCAUCAUAUGGAGUGUUCCAGAGGCAUUGAUAACUGCAGAAAUGGGUACUAUGUUCCCCGAGAAUGGGGGAUAUGUUGUUUGGGUCUCAUCAGCUUUGGGUCCGUACUGGGGCUUUCAGCAAGGAUGGGUAAAAUGGCUCAGUGGGGUGAUUGAUAACGCUCUAUACCCUGUUUUGUUUCUUGACUAUCUCAAAUCAGCAAUUCCGGCUUUAGAGAGCGGUCUCCCAAGGACAAUUGCCGUGUUGGUUUUGACAGCAAUGCUCACUUACAUGAACUACAGGGGUAUGACAAUAGUGGGUUGGGCUGCUACCUUACUGGGGGUGUUUUCACUUCUUCCCUUCAUAUUCAUGGGAUUUAUAGCAAUCCCCGAACUAAAUCCUUCAAAUUGGUUUGUGGUAAAUCUGGAGACUGUGAAUUGGACUAUGUACUUGAACACGCUGUUUUGGAAUCUUAAUUACUGGGAUUCAAUUAGUACUCUUGCAGGGGAGGUGGAAAACCCUGGUACAACUCUUCCUAAAUCUCUCUUUUAUGCUCUUAUCUUGGUUGUGGUUGGAUACAUUUUCCCUCUUCUGAUUGGUACCGGGGCUGUUCCAGUAGAACGUGAACUAUGGUCAGACGGGUAUUUCGCAGAUAUUGCUAAAAUGCUUGGAGGUGUAUGGUUAAGAACCUGGGUCCUGUCAGCUUCUGCUUUGUCAAACAUGGGUAUGUUUGUGGCUGAAAUGAGCAGCGACUCCUUUCAACUUUUGGGUAUGGCAGAACGUGGGAUGCUUCCUUCAAUCUUUGCCAAAAGAUCUCGUUAUGGCACUCCACUUACCGGAAUCUUAUUCUCUGCAUCCGGUGUAAUCUUGCUUUCCUUUUUGAGCUUCCAAGAGAUCGUAGCUGCUGAGAACUACUUGUAUUGCUUUGGAAUGAUUAUGGAAUUCAUCGCGUUUGUGAAGUUGAGGAUGAAACACCCGGCUGCAUCGCGGCCUUUUAAGAUACCGGUUGGUACAGUGGGAGCAAUUUUGAUCUGCAUUCCUCCGACGCUGUUAAUCUUUGUAGUUUUAGCUCUUGCUACUCCAAAGGUAAUGGUUAUUAGCAUCGCUGCCAUGAUCAUCGGGCUUCUUCUGCAGCCAUGCAUCGAGUACACGAAAAACAAGAGGUGGUUUAAUUUCUCCACGAAAUCUGACCUUCCAGAUAUCCAAAAUGCAUAUGAUCAGUGUAGUAUUGUAGCAUGAUUCCAUCAAUGAUUGUAAUCAUUUGGUGUUUGAAAUUAUUGGUUGUUUCUGACUUUGAA